UAAUCGGUAAUCGCCCAUCACUAAUAGAUGACGCAGCGCACCGUCAUUUGACUCCAUCCAGAGGGUUUUUUCUGAUUUUCUGAGUAUUUCUAAACAAGGAAUAUUUACUAUAAUUAGCUUUAAAAAUGACUUCAAAACACUUGGGGAUUGGCGAUCCAAAACCUCCGUUUGAUCCAACGAAAAAGUUUCGCUUGUACAGCAUGAGAUUUUGUCCUUUCUCGCAGAGAGGAAGAUUAGUUGCAGCUGCGAAAGGUGUCAAAGACUUUGAGAUUGUGAACCUCAAGCUACGUGAAGAGCUUCCUGAAUGGUACAGUACCAUCAAUCCAGCUCGUUCAGUUCCUCUCAUAGAGUUUCCUGAUGGUCUAGUCAUUGGUGAAUCUCUUAUUGUUGCAGAGUUAAUUGAUGAAAUGUAUCCUGAUAAUAUUCUGCAGUCAAAAGAUCCAAUUACAAAAGCAAAACAGAAACUUUUCAUUGACAAAUGUGGUAAAACGUUCAUUCCAGCCUACUUCAAGUAUCUGAAACAAAGAACUGAGGAAAUGAAAGAGGAACUUAUAAAGAAUCUCUCAAUUAUGGAACAAUGUUUGAUUGACUGCAAAACCAAGUAUUUUGCAGGAGACAAGGUGGGAAUGGUAGAUUACAUGGUGUGGCCUUGGUUUGAACGUCUUCCAGUAAUGUAUACGCUGUCAGCAGAUCUUCAUCCAAAUCUGACAAAUUGGUGUAAACUGAUGUAUGAUGAUCCGGCUGUGAAAGAAACUUCUUCCUCCAAAGAAUUAUACAUGAAGUUCUUUGAUGCAUAUCUUGGUCCAGGUAAAACUUUGUUUGACUUCUAAUGUGAAAUAAUCUUUAUAUUUUUUGCAAUGAGUCAAUCAAGGAAAUUUAGAAUGAAAACACGCAAACAAA